AUGGGGCUGGAGGCUCAGGGAAUUCUCUCGACACCGGAGGCGGUGGAUGGAAUGAGUCUCCUGCAGUACCUCCUAGCAGUGCCUUCAGUACUGCAGACUGACUCCCCAAACACAGCCUGUGUGCAUCUCCUCAACCUCAAUGAGUCUCUGGACCUGAACGUUCUUCUGGAAUAUGAAGGACGGAAUACCACUGUUUUGGCAGAGCACGUGACAGAACGGAACAUCUUCAAAUGCAGCAACUUUAUGGUCCCUCCUGCCAGCUCCAACCCUUUGGCUUUCAUCACCAUCUCUUUCAAAGGCGCCAUCCUCAAUGGGUCAGAGAGAAGGGCCGUGGCCAUUCAGAAUGUAGGCAGUGUUGUCUUUGUCCAGACCGACAAGCCCAUCUACAAACCUGGACAGAAUGUGCUCAUUCGAGUUGUUGCUUUAGAUACAAGUUUCAAGCCAGUUCCUGAGAUUUAUCCUUUGAUCACCAUCCAGGAUCCCCAGAACAACCGACUAUUUCAGUGGAUAAACGUAACAUCCAGGUUUUCCAUCAUCCAGCUCUCAUUCCAGUUAAUUUCAGAGCCAAUGCUGGGGAACUACCAAAUCAUGGUGGAGAAGAAAUCAGGAACAAAGUUCUAUUAUUCUUUUAGUGUGGAAGAAUAUGUGCUACCAAAGUUUGAUGUUACAAUCAAUGCACCAAAAACAGUCUCUGUAGAGAAUCCAGAUUUCAUGGUGAAGGUGUGUGGCAUGUACACCUAUGGGCAGCCACUUGAGGGAAAUGCUCAGUUCAGUGUAUGCAGAAAUCUCAACUUUUUUGGAAACUGCAAGAGGGACCCCAUCUGUGAAUCUAUUAAGAAAGAACUGAGCGAGGACGGUUGCCUUUCCUAUGUCUUCAACUCUAAGACUUUUGAGCUUAAUCGUUCAGGCUACUGGAUGAACCUUGAUGUGAAAGCCAUUGUCACGGAGAAAGGAACAGGGGUACAGAUUGACCGUUCAACCUCCAUUUCAAUUUCUCGGGUACUGGGGAGGGUGACGUUUGAGAAUAUGGACCAGGAUUACAGAAAAGGAAUUCAAUAUUGUGGGCAGCUGAAACUGGUUGGUGUUGAUGACUCGCCCCUCGCAAAUGAGUUGGUCCAACUGCUACUCAACAACAAGAACGUGGGCAAUUACAGCACCGGUGCCAAUGGCAUGGCGCAGUUUUGCAUUGACACUUCAGAGAUCUUGAGUCCAGAUUUCUCUCUCAGAUUAAUCUAUCAACCCCAUGAGAAUUGCAACAGUGAUGGCUGGUUAUUGCCCUACUACCCAGAAGCCUCGCAUUCAGUCCAGCGCUUCUACUCCAGGACAGGUAGCUUUGUGAAGAUACACCGAGUGUUUGAAGACCUGCCCUGCGGCCAACGCAGGCCAAUCAAAGUGUCCUACAUCUUGAACAACAUCCAAGAUAACACUGAGGACGUAAAAGGAGGGGAUACUGCAACCUUCUACUACAUUGUAUUGGUGAAAAACAAAUUUGUCCACUCUGGUAAACACACCAUCAACUUCAGCCAUGCUUCCAAAGGUUCCUUCAACAUCCCGUUUGCUGUCAGUCCAACCAUGGCUCCAGUUGCUACACUUUUGGUCUACACUCUGCAUCCUGACAGCGAGGUAGUUGCUGAUGUUGCUAGAUUUCAGAUAGAGAAAUGCUUCAAAAAUAAGGUCAGACUCCAAUUCUCUGAGAAGCAAGCCCUCCCAGCUUCAAAUAUCAGCCUCCGAAUCGAAGCUGCCGCCAACUCCCAUUGUGCCCUGCGGGCUGUGGAUCAGAGUGUCCUUCUCUUGAGGCCAGAGAGAGAAUUGUCGGCUGAAAGUGUCUACAGUCUUCUUCCCUAUCAGAUGUUUGGUUACUACUUCAAUGGGCUCAACCUGGAGGAUGACCCCAAUGAGCCCUGCAUUCCACCUGAUAACAUCUUUUAUAAUGGCUUGUUCUAUGUUCCUGCUGACUUCAGCUAUGGCCCAGAUAUCUAUGGGCUUAUAAAAAAUACAGGUGUAAAGUUUGUAACUAACUCCCGUCUGCGACAACCCAUUAUCUGUUCAAGUGGUCGCCCCUUUCCACAUUCUUUCGAAGACUCGGCUGGUCGUUUCCCCACAACCACGUUUCGUCCUACAUUUGCAGGAGACAUAUCUGGAAGUAAUGUUAUUAUGGAGACUGUUCGGAAGUUCUUCCCUGAAACCUGGAUUUGGGACCUGUUUCUCAUGAAUUCAACUGGAUAUGCUGAACUCUCCUACAUCAUCCCUGACACCAUCACGGAGUGGAAAGCCAACGCCUUCUGUGUGGCACAGGAGGCUGGGUUUGGCAUCUCAGGGCCUGCCUCCCUGGUAGCCUUCCUGCCAUUCUUUGUGGACCUGACGCUGCCCUACGCCAUAGUUAGAGGGGAAGAUUUCCUCCUUAAAGCCAAUGUCUUCAAUUAUCUGGGCCAAUGCAUCCAGGUCUCUGUUUCACUGGCACAAUCUCAGGAUUUUCAAGCCCAUCUUCUUUCACCUGUGAGUGAUAACGGAUGUCUGUGUGGCAGUGAGAGGAAGACCUACAUUUGGAAUAUCACCUCUAAAAUACUUGGUGAAGUGACCUUCUUUGUCACUGCUGAAGCUCCACAAACCAGUAGAGCUUGUGGAAAUGGAACAUCAGGGGGCUUGGAGAUGGGACGGAAGGACACGCUGAUCAGAACCUUGCUAGUACAGCCUGAAGGUGUUGAAAGAGAAGCUACACAGAGCUCCUUCAUCUGCGCCAAAGAAGGUGCUGUGUUCUCUGAGCCAGUGUCCCUGAAGCUGCCUGAAAAUCUGGUAGAAGGAUCAGCCAGAGCUUCUUUCUCUUGUAUUGGAGACCUCAUGGGCACAGCCAUGCAGAACUUGCAGCAGCUCCUUCGGAUGCCCUUCGGCUGUGGGGAGCAGAACAUGGCUCUCUUUGCACCCAACAUCUACAUCUUGGACUAUCUGAAUGCAACAGGGCAGCUGACUGAGGAGAUCAAACUCAAGGCCACUGGAUACUUAGUCAGCGGGUACCAGGGGCAGCUGUCAUACAAGCAUUCUGAUGGAUCCUACAGUGCCUUUGGCAGCAGGGAUAAGGAAGGCAACUCCUGGCUCACUGCCUUUGUGUACAAGUGUUUUGCAAGUGCAUCGCGUGACAUUUAUAUUGACCCAAAUGUCCAAACUCAAAGUUUACUUUGGCUAUCUAACAAGCAAAAAUCGGAUGGGUGUUUCCAAAAUGUUGGGAAACUCUUCAACAAUGCUCUAAAGGGGGGAGUACAAGAUGAACUUUCACUGUCAGCCUACAUCACCUCUGCUUUGCUUGAAUCUGGAUUACCGACCGUGCACCCAGUAGUCCGAAAUGCCCUGUAUUGUUUGGAGGCUGGAUUAGAAAAGGGAAAUAUAACUGUCUAUGACCAAGCCCUUGUGGCCUAUGCCUUUGGCCUAGCUGGUAAUAAGCCCAAACGGGAUUUCUUAUUGGAUGAAUUGAAUAAAACAGCUAAGAAAGUAGGUGGCUCAAUACACUGGGAGCGUGAUGAUAAACCAUCAGCCGAACAGUUACCUUCCUUCUACUCCCGGGCCUCAUCAGCUGAGGUUGAGACAGCUAGCUACGUUCUCUUGGCACUGCUCACCGAAAGCAACCCAACUUCAGCACAAAUGGCAAUAGCAUCACAGAUUGUGCACUGGGUGACCAAGCAGCAGAAUUCACAUGGAGGCUUCUCCACCACCCAGGACACAGUGGUAGCUAUUCAAGCUUUGGCUAAGUUCAGCCAGCUGACCUUCUCUAAGGAUGGUCAGAACUCCGUCAAGAUCCAUUCCGCCAAGCCUUUUGAGAAAGUCUUUGAGGUAGACAAUAGCAACCGCCUACUGCUGCAACAGACGUCCCUGCCUGAUGUCCCAGGGGAAUAUACAGUGGAUGUGAACGGCAAAGGAUGUGUCUUUGUACAGACAAGUCUGAGAUACAACAUAAUCCUUCCCCAAAGGUCUUCUGGGUUUUCCAUUUCUGUGCAGACUUCAAAUGCCUCCUGUGCAGGCAGCUUCCAGAUAAAAUUUGCCGUUGGCAUUACAGCCAGAUACACUGGGAAACGCAAUAGCUCCAACAUGGUUAUCAUUGAUGUAAAGAUGAUUACAGGUUUUAUACCAGAGCGGUCAUCCCUGCAAAAGCUUCGUGGUGACAAUAAUGUGAUGAAGGUGGAAACCAAAGAAAACCAUGUCCUCUGUUAUCUGGAGGAACUUUCAAAAAAGGAAAUCAGUCUUAGUUUCAUAGUUGUGCAAGACCUUUCUGUUUCAAAUCUCAAAGCAGCUUCAGUGAGGAUUUAUGACUACUAUGAAACAGAUGAGAUUGGUGUUGCUGAAUAUGAGUCCCCUUGCAAGGAAGGAGAUUCUUGAGCCUGCUGAAUAUUAUAGCGAGGGGCAAAGUUAUGUCAUUAGAAGAUAUAUUCCCUCUGCAACCAGCCCAGAGCACCUUGGUGGUGCCGGCAGUGUGUGGGUGUGUGGGUGUGUGGGUGUUAUCUCGGGAGAAAAUCACUGGAAAAUCAUAAUGCAGCAUUUCAACUGGAAGUUCUGCUCCUCCAAUGAAAGAUGAUUGCACCACAUCUUUGUAAUAAAAUCUUACG